AUGAUAGCUAUUGAUCUUAAGUUUGAACAUUUGCAAUGGCAGUAUCAAAUCUCCACUACUUUUUUCAUAUUUGUGAUUUUACCUGCUUUAUAUUACAUUUAUGCUAAAUACAUAUCGAAGAGUCCUAAUAGAUACAAUAAGCUUGAAGCUCCAGUCAAGUUCAAGUUUCCAAUCCCCGAUGAGGCAAAACCACAUUGGAAAGGGAAAAGACUCUAUCCACCAAACCUUGGUAUUCAAGUUCCUAAUGAACCUAAUAAAAUCCAAAGCUACUGUCCUGCAACUGGACAGUACUUAGGUACAUUCGCCACCACUUCUAAAGAUGAAAUGAAUCUUAGGAUUCAACGUGCUAAAGCUGCACAAAAAAGUUGGGCCCAUUCUUCAUUUCUGUUAAGAAGACAAGUUUUACAGACAUUGAGUAGAUUUAUCAUUGAUCACCAAGAAGAUAUCGCAAGGGUUGCGUGCCGUGAUAGUGGUAAAACAAAAUUAGAUGCCUCAAUGGGUGAAAUUAUGGUGACUUUAGAAAAAUUGAAUUGGAUCAUUGCCCAUGGUGAAAGAACUUUACGUCCUUCAACAAGACCUGGCCCAUCCAAUUUGAUUAUAGGUUUAAUGAAAUCCGGUGAAGUUAGAUAUGAGCCAUUGGGUGUUGUUGCAGCUUUGGUUUCUUGGAACUAUCCUUUUCAUAAUCUUCUUGGUCCUAUCAUUGCUGCAAUUUUCACGGGUAAUGCGAUUGUUGUGAAAUGUUCAGAACAAGUUGUUUGGUCUUCUAUUUGGUUUGUUGACUUGGUUAAAGCCAUUUUGAAGCUGUUAGAUAUCGAUGAAGAUUUGAUUCAAUUGGUCUACUGUUUCCCUAAUGAUGCUGAUUAUUUCACUUCUCAUCCGGAUCUCAAUCAUAUAACUUUUAUUGGAUCCAAACCAGUUGCUCAUAAAGUUGUUGAAAAUGCUGCAAAACAAUUGACUCCUUGCGUCGUUGAACUAGGAGGUAAAGAUUCGGUAAUUGUAUUAGAUGAUGUUGCUGACUUCAAUGCAUUAUCGUCUGUUAUUAUGAGAGGGACUUUUCAAAGUGCUGGUCAAAAUUGUAUUGGUAUUGAAAGAGUGAUUUGCUUACCUAAAGCAUAUGAGGCUCUUGUUGAUAUUUUAAGCAAGAGAAUAAAGGAUUUACGUGUUGGAUCCAACAUAGAUCAGUUGGAUGAAAUCGAUAUGGGUGCUAUGAUUUCUGAUAAUAGGUUUUCCCAAUUGGAAAACUUUAUUCAAGAUGCGGUUGCAAAAGGUGCCCGUCUUGUUAGUGGUGGUAAACGAUACCAACACCCGAAUUAUCCUCAAGGUCAUUAUUUUGAACCGACUUUAUUAGUCGAUGUUACACCUGAAAUGGAUAUUUCUUGUAACGAAGUGUUUGGACCCGUUUUGACCAUGAUUAAAGCAAAUUCUAUCGAUGAAGCCGUUGAAAUUUCAAAUGGUACCGAAUUUGGAUUGGGUAAUUCAAUCUUUGGUAAAGAUUUCAAAACUUGUAAUGAAAUAGCCAAUAGAUUAGAAAGUGGAAGUGUUGCGAUUAAUGAUUUUGCUACCUUUUAUGUUGCUCAAUUACCCUUUGGUGGGGUCAAGAAAUCAGGUUAUGGUAAAUUUGGCGGUGAAGAAGGUCUCACUGGGUUAUGUAAUGCUAAAUCAGUAGUCAUGGAUAAACCAUUAUUAAGAGCUUUAGGGAUAGCAACUGCUAUUCCUCCACCUCUUGAUUACCCAAUUCCUAAUGAUAAGCAAGCUUGGAACUUCGUGCAUAGUUUGAACAAGGCUGGUUAUGAUAACAGAGUAUGGGAAAUCGUCAAAUCAUUCAAAAAAUUAGCUAGUGGAGGUGCUUAG